AUGGACCCUGCUUACUCCUUGUCGAAGUCUCAGCUGCUGGAGUGGGUGAACACCUUAUUGCAGACUUCCCUUACCAAGGUCGAACAGUGUGCUUCGGGAGCAGUGUAUUGUCAGAUUAUCGACUCGGUCUUCCCGGGACGUGUACCGUUGAAGAAAGUGAACUGGAUGGCUAAGGUGGACUAUGAGUAUGUUCAUAAUUAUAAGAUAUUACAGAGAGCCUUUGAUCAAUGCAAUAUAGCUAAGCAUAUUGAUGUUGAUAAGCUAUGCAAGGGUAAGUUCCAGGACAACCUAGAGUUCUUGCAGUGGAUGAAGGCAUUCUACGACGGAGCUGUGUCGGCUGACAUCGCCAUGAGCUAUGAUCCCGUAGGGAGGCGACAGGGGUGUCAGUUGCCCCCUUGGGCAGCUAAUGCGGCCCCUCCUAGCCUCGUUAAUAAGGAAAACUAUGCUUGCAGGAAUGGAGGGCUGCUCGUCCGGAUAUCGAGGCCACGGCAGAAGGCUCAGGAGAUAACCGUUGGCGACUACGCCAAGUCCCAGGGUCGCAACUCGGUGGUUUAA